AAUCUGGGUGAACGAAUAGUGUAAAAAAUAUGAGUGGUUUCCAUGGUGACCCAGCCUUGACAGGGGGAACUCCAGACUGCAUUUAUUUGCUGUCCACACUUUUGCUUCAAAAUCAGCACUUACUUAAGUUCCUGCCUGAACUGCAAAAUAAAAAUAAAUAAAAGAAAAUAGAUAAAAGAAAAUAAAAGAAAUGGAGGCCUAUGAUCUUAUGAGGGUGAGAAAGCUUCAGUGAGAGAUUGUCCCUUGGAUUUCUGCAUCUCCACCCUCCUCGCAUCCAAAGACGGGGCUGGACCAAGCAGCAGGUGGUGCAGAAGCGGAAGUUUGGACGUGGGAUUUACAGCUCCUCGACCGCACCAGACGAGCAUGAAGGAGCAAUAAAUUCCAGACUCAACCUCAGGUGUCACAGCAAUAGCAUCUCUCACUGCAUAAAGAUUCACGUGUUUGGAGAGACAAAGCAGCCCUCCAAUUGGAUGACUCAAAACCGGCGCCCUCUAAUCUCAGGGGCACAAAUUAAAAGAAAAAAAAAAGAAAAACGUGACUCAGCGAAGGCCGCAGGCGCUUUGAAGACAUGGAGGGGCUUCUGCUUUGCAUCAAUAAUGUACAGGCAGAUGGAACCUGAUGUUGCGAUGGGGUCAAGGACUCUCGUCACCUGACUUCUGUCAACAUGUGCCUGCAGGAUAAAUGAGCCUCCUUUCCAAGAGACUAAACUGGGGACUUACAUGGCUCAGUGAUGUAGGAGCUACGUUUGAUGUACACGUGGCUCCUUUGAGACGGGCCCACCGCAGUUGGCAUGGAACGGCAGACUCCUGCUUUGAUGUGGAUACGUGACAACACCACAGAACCACUGAACACUUCAGAUGCAUUCAACUGCACAGAUCUGAGUGAAAUCUCAGACAAGUACCAGUCUUACAUAGCUGGUCUUUUCCUGUCCUGCCUGUACACCAUCCUCCUCUUUCCCAUUGGAUUUAUUGGCAACAUCUUGAUACUGGUGGUGAACCUGAACCACAGAGAGAAGAUGACCAUCCCUGAUGUCUACUUUGUGAACCUCGCUGUAGCAGACCUCAUCCUGGUGGCGGAUUCCCUCAUUGAGGUUUUCAAUCUGAACGAGAAAUAUUACGACUACGCGGUCCUCUGCACCUUCAUGUCCCUCUUCCUGCAGGUCAACAUGUACAGCAGCAUCUUCUUCCUCACCUGGAUGAGCUUUGACAGAUACGUGGCCCUGGCGAGCUCCAUGAACAGCAGCCCACUGAGGACCAUGCAGCAUGCAAAGCUCAGCUGUGGUCUCAUUUGGAUGGCUGCCAUUCUGGCCACGCUUCUCCCGUUCACCAUCGUGCAGACGCAGCACAGGGGUGAGCUGCACUUCUGCUUCGCCAACGUCUACGAGAUCCAGUGGCUUGAGGUAACCAUCGGCUUUUUGGUGCCAUUCACCAUCAUCGGCUUGUGCUACUCCCUGAUUGGGCGAAUCCUCAUGAAGGCCCAGAAGCACCAUGGACUGUGGCCGCGCCGGCAGAAAGCUCUGCGCAUGAUCGUGGUCGUGGUACUCGUCUUCUUCAUCUGCUGGCUGCCAGAAAACGUCUUCAUCAGCAUCCAGUUGCUGCAGGGUAAAGCGGACUCAUCGCAGAGGACUGCCGUCACCCUGUGGCAUGACUACCCCCUCACGGGGCACAUUGUCAACCUGGCAGCUUUCUCCAACAGCUGUCUCAACCCCAUUAUCUACAGCUUUCUUGGCGAAACCUUCAGGGACAAACUGCGCCUCUUCAUUAAGCAAAACGCCAGCUGGUCUUUGGUAAACCGCUUUUGCCACCACAGCCUUGAUUUACACCUCUCAGUCCGAAGCAAAGUGUCUGAAGUGUGACAGCAAACACUUUCCAUGAAGCCA